AUGAAUAGUGAUCAAGCAACAUUACCUGAUGAUACAGUUGCACAAAAAGUUUGUCAUCUUUUGGAAAUUCUAGUAACAGAUUUUCUACGAUCAUUUUUAAAACCAAUACUUCCAGUUGCAAGAGAUUUUGUUAUAAAAACACAAGCUCAUCAAGUACGUGAGGAAAAAAACAAACACUGCUUUUAGAAUGAAGAAAAUUCACAAAUAUGAAGAUGUAAAGAGAGAUAUAUUGAAUGUAUUUGUUGAUGGAAAGAGUUAAUUCUUGUUUGUUCAUAGAAUUCGCUUAUGAAGAAUACAUCAGCUAAUGAGUUUAUAUUGAGCUUAUAAGAAGGUAGCGUAGACCUAAUAUGGUUAGCUCUCAUGAAUCUUUGGAAGGGAGUUAUGAUUGUUUUACUGAGUUUUCGACAAUUCUUAAAUAUUUAUCGAGUAACAAAAUUGUGACUUAACACUUUGUCUGUAGAUGGAUCUAGUGAUCCUUGGAAUAUACUGAAAGUUUUGAGUUAAAAGUAACAUUGUUUUAUCGAGAUAUUACAUUGUUAAAAUAUAGUCGCUUGUUAUAGACACAACAUAAAAACUCAGUUUACUUGAAAAUCCAGUGUCACGAUAAAGAAAUACAUCUUAUCGGAAGCGAAAGGUUUCAGUCAGUUUUCGAAUUCAUUCAAAGAUUUGUCAACAAGAAAAUUAUACUAUUUUCUAUGAAGAAUGGCUUAUCCAGAUUUUCCUCGUUUGAUAUAAGAUGAAUGAAUAUAUUUUGAGGUAUCAAUGCAGUCAUAUAAACAAAUGACCUUUCAUUCAGUCUCAUUAUUAUCACACAUUUGGAACACAAUAAGAUAUUGAUAGAAAUAUAGAAUUAAUACCUGACGUCUCCUGUUAAAUUCAAUGUUAUCCAUCCACAUCGAUCACAAUUGAGUAGAAAUACGAUUUUUAGGCCGAUCGAUAGGUUAGACAAGUUCCGAUUAGAAUUUGGAAAAGUCAGACAUCGGAUCCUUUCUUAGUGCGUUUGAUUUUGUAAACUUAACAUCUAUUGAGGUAAUUACGAAUAUUUCGUCAUCAAUGUUUCACUCAACGUGAAUUUCACGAUAAUAUGAAUUUUGUCGCGAACUUCCAGCAAUCACUAAAAGAAUAUUUCUUCACUGUGUACACCAUUUUUGCUCUCAUCCAGUACUCAGUGGAUCUGUUCAUUACGUAAUUAAUAUAUAGAAUAUGUUUAAAGUCAAUAGAAGCUGUUUGAAAGUCACGUGAUCAAUUAGGAGAAAGAUAGAGGUCUUAAAAAUAUCACGAACAAUUACAUGAAUGGGAAAGGAUAAGAUCGACUGAUCACAUGGUCGCUACUAUUUACUAGUGACUUUGAGAAAAUAAACUAUUUGCAUCAAAAAGUUUCAUUUUUUAGCCAAAUACGUCUACUUUUCUUUCAGAAAACGUUCAUCACACAGGUUUCCUCGGAAUAUACCGAAACACAAAGUUUCUUAGGUGACCGAAGUGUGAGAUUAGCAAUCUUUUUGUUUCUCAACGCCUAUCGGGUUUGCCUAGAUGCUUAUCAUUUCAAAUGUUAGAUUAAACUAUACACAGAGAAAACUAUGAUCAUACCGUUAUUGAGAAAAAAUGAAAUAAAUACAUUUCAAACAACAAUCAUACUCACUUAUAUCGUCCACAUACGACAGUCAUAGGAACACUUGAAUCAUAGUUUUGAACGAGAGAGAAUGUCUGUAAUAAGAUUCUAGCAGCUGUUUGGUAUAUAGCAAGGAGGAAACAGCUAAUUUUAAGAGUUCGAGAUUUCAAAUUUUUGAAACAAUUCAAAAGUCUUCAAAAGGCUAACCAUAAAUUUCAAGAAUUCAAGACUUUACGACUAAAAUUUCUGCUAUUUUCCUCUCAGCAUAUAGCCAAGGUUGCCUUUAUUGAAAAGAAAGAGGCAAAAAUGAUGUUUUGUUUGAGCCAAGCCAAGAAAACAGUAUGUUUAUAAGGUUUUUCGCACCAGUGGCGUAACCAAGGGGAAGGCAAAUGGGCAAUUACCCAUUUCAUUUUAAGAUUUGCCCAUUGAAAUUUUACUUUAUCUGAAUUGUUUAUUUCUUUGCUACUGCAUACAUCUAUAAAGAUCCCGAUAUAAAUUCAGAUGCAAUAUGGCAGUUAUAUACACAAAUGCAGCAUCGUCGUCUUGAUUUAGGCGUUUGAAUUUGAAAUAUAAAUCUUAUUAAUAGAGACAUUCAAAAUAGACUAAACAUACAUAACUCAGUCUUAAAGUCUCUUCAUCCUUAAAAAUCGAUCUCAGUCCAGGAACAUUCUAAUGCCAUGACAUUUAGAGAAUCUGUUGUAGCUGCAGUGGAGAAACUAUGGUAAAAUUUUCACUUCUAUAUCAUGACGUUUGACAGAGAUAUUCAUCAAACAAGGUUCAAAAAUAGCAGACUCGGCAUCGUAAAUUUCUCGGUCUCGGGUCUGCAUAUAUAUUUAAUUUUUUUAUUUAUUAAAAGAGCAUGUCAGGAUGCAGGGCACCAAAGACUCAUUUUUUUUUGAAUUUUUAUUUCUUGAAAGGAGAGAAGGAAUUACAAGUUUGAUGAGUCAAAAAACUCUCUAAAGAUGGAGCUGAAUUUAUAAAAGUGAUUGUACAUAUAACAGAAAAAAGCUUAACGGAAAAGGACUUUUUGGUGCCGCACGUUUUGACAUGCUGUUUCAAACAAAAAAAAAUAAAAUGCAUACAGGAUGGUCCAAAAGUAACGGAGUAGUCUUUGAUUGCGAAUAACUUGUGAUAGGAACAAGAUAGAGAGCUGCAAUUUUCAUUGUUUAAAAGAGAAAAAAACUGCAUCGAAUCUUGAAUACCAGAUUUUUAUAACAAAAUUUCUCAUGAUUUCUGGACAAGCUUCUUUAAAAAACUUAGGCUUUUUAAAUAGGUCUAGAAGGUGAAUUUUUCGUCAAACAAUCAGGAAAAAAGUCGGCUUUUCACCAAGAAUCUGUCGAGAACGCGUAGUAAAAUGUUAAGAACUAAUGGUUUGCUAAAUCUUUUUGGCAUUGAACCUACACAGAUUAUUGAACUUUAGUUAACGAUUUUGAUGCACUACUGAAAAUUAAAAUUUUAAAACAUUCACAUUACACAAUAGUUUCUAUUACAAAAAUUGUCUGGAGACUUCGAAUAAAUAUUGUCAUAAAAAUCUGAUAUUCAAGAUUCGAUGCAGUUCUUUUCUCUUUUAAACGACGAAGACCGCAGCUCUCUAUCGUGUUCCUAUCAAAAGUGAUUCACACUCUUUUAUGCAUAUUUCAUUAGAAGAACCUUGUUUCAUUUUCCUGUGUUUUUUACGUUAUCACUGCUUGGUUGGGUCAAAAAACUUUUGGCCCAUUAAUGAAAACCUUACCCAUUUCAUCCAUCAUUUUUUUCUAGCAUAAGAGAAGUUUGCCCAUUGGUCUAAAAAUCCUGGAUAUGCCACUGCUCAGUUGUAAAGUCUGGAUUCGGCAACAGCAUAUAUUCAUAACCUGUUCUUUUUAGUCUCAUGAUAACUUUAACUUCCACUUGAUGAAUCAACGAUUGUUGUGGAAAGUAUAUGUUGUUUUCUAAGAGUCUUCUCUUGUUUUCCUCUUAUAAAAAAUACUAAGGAAAAUCAGCACCAAGAGAAUUAUUAUAAUCGAUUAAAAUUAAUUACUAAAUCGUUCAAAAUCAUACGAUAACUCACUUUUUUCGAACUUGUCAUUGUAUCAAAAAUAAAAACUCUCAUUUUUCACGUGAAGACACUCACUUCCCUAUUUCUUUACAUAUACACGCAUGUAUACAGCUUGAAUGAGUUUAUUUCAGAAUCAGCAUUGUUCAUAGAGUUGAAGUAAGAGCAUUGACAAACCUAUGGGAUAUUGAUAAUAAUAUAUUCGUAACAUCAUCCAAACGAAAGACCUUCAAAAUCAGUCAGAUGCUAACAGUAGAACUUCUAUUAGUAUCAAGAUACAUCUGGUACGGGUGAGCAUUGAGAAAGUACGAAUUGCAGUCUAUGCAGGCCAUCUUAUUUCCCAGGACGAAAUAGCGUACUUCAAGACUUGAAAAGACUUUGCGAGAGUUCAAUGGUCUUCGCUGAAAUUCAGAAGACCUUCCAAGACUCCAAUAUAUAUUUAAGGCUAUAACUCAGGAACUUUAGGAAACUCUGACAGGUUUCAUGAGAUUUCAAAAUAUUUUGUAAGACUUCGUGAGGCUUCAAGACUGAAGACUGCUGUUUCUCCCCUGUUUAAUUCGAACAACUUAGCCUUUAAACAUUCAUACAAAAAAGUUGCCAGAAAUCACCGUGUCAUUAUAAUUCUCAAACCAACUAUCGAUCAUCAGGCUCCAGACUAGACGGACUAUUCACUAACAAACGACGAUUAAUUGGAGUUUGUAGGGGUUCGCAAAUGCUGAUGGGCGUUCGUAGGUCCUUUUUUUUCUUCGAAGUCUCGAAAUUUUCUUUGAAGAGAUAUCGAGAAGAGGUGUUCAUGAGCCUACCCUCGAAUGCUCUAUACGUUCGUAUGAUUAGAUCUUUGAUUUCUGUUUCAUCGAGGUGUUCGUGUAUUUUACUGAUAUCUAAAAAGAAAUGCUUUGCCAUUGGAAAUAUUUAUUUAAAAGCCUUUUUCGUGGAUUUUGGCUCCAAUAAUGUCUGUUUGGAUGAUUUGUAUUUAUUGAUAUAAUAUUUGGUGCUUUACGUCUCAUUCAAUGCAGCUAAUAUGCAUUGGCACUCGAAUUCAAGAUUCUGAUAAGUAAGAGUUUAGUCGUCUAUUUACUCAGUUGGAGAGCAUGUUUGUACAUGUACAUAAACUUGCAUAUUUUAUCAGAAAAAUGAUUGUCAUUAACUCUCAUCAGUUUAUUUAGCAGGGAAGUAGACAAAGAUAGAUAUCGAAAAACUAGAUUUAGUCAAACAAGCGAAAUAUUUAGUUCUUAUUAGUUUUUUUUUCAAAAUUUCGAUGACUACAAUUUAUUCCUAAUAAAUAUUACAUAUAGUUCGAUCAUGUUGGCUCAUUAAGUUGUUUUUUCAAUCAUAUUUCGUUACAGACCUAUAUGACACAACAGUGCCCCUAAAAACUAGCAUCGCAUAAGAAUCAACUAAUGUGUAAUAUCUAUCGUGUCGAAAAAAAUGUCUUAGGAACUUCUGUACUUGACCCAUUUGUCUUGAUAUUCAUAGUAGACUGAUAAGUCGUGAAUAGCAAAGAUUACUGGUCCCAGAUCGAUCGUUUCAAAAUAUCUCGCCGUUGGAUAGGGUAAUCCAUCGCCAUGUUGCCCAAAUUUCUUCUUUAUAUACCCCCACGUUCGUUCAAUGCCUAUUGUACGACGUGGUAGCCUGCUUAGCAGAGACACAUAACUGAAACUACACGUAUUCAUCGUCAAUUUAACUGUCGUAUUGUGUAGAUGCGAUUACCACACGCAUGGAGACAUAUUUACUUUUUUUUUCUUCACUAGCUUAACCUUGUAGCAAAUAGUAUUGAUCGGCUUUCUGUGGGCGUUAAGUUAUUCGCAUUUUAAAAAAGAAAUCUCUCAAGAACCAAAGAAUGGUAAUCACAGCAGAAGAAAGAGUGAGUGGUCGCAAUAAUGAGAGCUCAUAGAAGCCUAGUGUGUUGGUACUUCCAAAUCAAGAAUGUGUUGUGCGACGAAUCUGCCAUCGAAAAGGUGCUUUGAAGCAUUCUUUAUGAGGUUUUGUUUUACAUAAGAAAGAAUGUUAACGGAUUGCCUAUGUAAAAUCAAACGUAAAUUUCAUUUGAAGAAUACUUGAAAAAUAACUUCUUAUUUUUCAUCAUUUAUUACUUUUAUACAAAGCAUAUAUGGUGUAAUAAUUUUUUCAUGGUUUUGAAAUGCAAUACUCUCACGGCUAUUUUUGAGAUAUUAUCGCAUAAACCGAUUACAUACACCUCACAAUAGAAAAAAAUUAUUACAAUAUAUACUUUGUAUAAAAGUAACAAGUAACGCUCGUCGCUACGACUCACUUCACCCUCGACUGAAUUCAUUCUAUUCACUUUGACAAAUAUUAUCAGAUAAAUCGUCAGUUUGUGUGAUGCUAUAGGCAACACCAUACGAACAAGUCUGUUAACUUUUGCAAUUUGGAAAAAGCAACACUGAUAAUGUCGAGUUUAGAAUAUGUAGUUUUCUCGCGAUAUUCUCAUCAUAGUUUGCAUUUCUUUGGCUUUUAUGAGAAAUUGGUAUGAUUUUGUAUUAGUCAUCUUCACCACAACAAUUGCCUCAGCUCUUUCGAAAAAUACUCUAUAUUUCAUUCAAAGCUUUACGCAAGAAAAGACGUGUCUACCUCGUAAGUGAAUGGCGAGUCGCUCAUCAGCGUCUUUCAAGGGCGCUAGUUGUAACUCACCGAUUCCAGAUCCUAUCUACUUGGUCGAGCUCUUCUGGAAACUAUUGUCAAAUCUCAAGAAAGCUUCGCGAAAGAAAGGCUUAUAUCAAUCUUAGAAACAAACGGCAAGUCAUUCGUCGGUGCCAUUCGUGACUUGUCAGCUCCAUAUCCUAUCUUCUUUCCCAACUAAUCGGGUAUGGGUGUGGGUGGGUGUGGGGUGUAUGGGUGUGGGUGUGUGUGGGGUGUGGGUGUGGAUGUGG